AUGGCGCAAAAAAACACCCACUCUAGGACUCACUCCUCAGGACACCAGUUUCAAGUACCGCGGUCAAAGAAGAACUUGAAGCCGUUUACCCUGCCGCCCCUGGGACGAACCAAAAACCCCAACAAAAGCGAAAUGAAGAUGCUGACUAGUAUGCAACCAGGGGUGCACUCCUACAGUUCUGUAGAUGUGGCAAACCGAAUGAAGAAUCUAAGACUUGGAAGAAGGGAGCAUCCGCACCAUGGGAAGACGCAGAGCAAAAUCCAGCUGAUGAGGUCGAUGCUUCGAAGCCAGCGGACCUCACUCCAGGAGCUCUACCACCAUGAGGGCUUCCUCAGCAAGCUCAACCAGGAGCUGGCCCAGUCCAUCCAGGACAUGGAGAACAGCUGGGCGGUGAAUGCGCGCUCGAUGCUGCAGCAGCAGGUCGUCCUCGGGAAUACCAUUGACAUCUUGGAGUACUCAAACAAGAAGCGGGUGCAGCAGCUGAAAGAUGAACUCCAGGAGUGGAAAGAAAAGGAGGAGAGAAAGACAAACAGCCUGCAGCAGGAGGUGGAUCAGCUGAAUGCUGAGAUCCUGAAGACCCAGGAGGAAGUCAAUUUCCUGAGCACCUACAUGGAUCACGAGUACCCAGUCAGGUCCGUUCAGAUUGCCAACUGCAUACGCCAGGUGCAGCAGGCAAAAGACAGGCAACAGGAUGAGCUGGACAACCUCAGGGAGAUGCGUGAAGUGGUCCUGGCACGUUUUUCCCGCGAGAUUCAGGAGAAGAAGAAUAACAUCCUGAUGUCCCUGGUAGUGAAAACCCAAAAACCCCAUGAGAAACUACUUCUGCUGAAGUCACGGAACAGCCAGAACCUGCAGAGGCACGUGGACUGGUUGAGGGAGCGUACUGCACAGUUGAGGAAAGAGAUGCCGGCAUUAGAGGAGGAAGUGGAGCAAAUGUGUGCAGAAGUCUCGAACCCCCGAGAGGUCGUUUUUAAGGAUAUUCUCCUUCAGAGACCCAAGUGCACCCCAGACAUGGACGUUGAGCUCGACAUUCCCCUGCAGGAGCCGUUCCCCUUCUAGAUGGCGGUGCCUGGCCCCCCGCCCCCCAUCCUUCCCAGCACCACGAGUUCCAUCCGCUGACUCACGAGAUGACAGUUCCGUUAUGAACCUGGCCCACUGCCUCUCCC